UUCCAUCUGCCACAGAUGGCACCGACGCGGUUCACGGAGGAGCCUGAGGACCAGACGGUGGUGGCCGGGCAGCGCAUCGUCCUGUCCUGCGUCGUGCUGAAUUACUCCGGCAUCGUGCAAUGGACCAAAGACGGCCUGGCCCUGGGCAUGGGGCAGGGCCUCAAAGCGUGGCCACGGUACCGGAUCAUCGGCACGGCCGACUCGGGCCAAUACAACCUGGAGAUCAUGGACGCAGAGCUCUCCGACGAUGCGCUGUACGAGUGCCAGGCCACCGAGGCGGCGCUGCGCUCCCGCCAGGCCAAGCUGACAGUGCUGAUCCCCCCUGAAGACCCCGUGAUCGAUGGAGCCCCCAAGAUCCUGCUGCGGGCAGGGACGCCCCACAACCUCACCUGCCGGGCACGCAGCGCCAAGCCAGCCGCCACCAUCGUCUGGCUGCGAGACGGGCAGCAGCAGGAGGGGGCUGUCACCACCACGGAGGUGCUACCGGACGGCAAGAGAGAAACCACCACCAGCUUGCUCCUCAUCAACCCCACCGACCUGGACAUCGGGCGGGUCUUCUCCUGCCGCAGCGUGAAUGAGGCCAUCCCGACCGGCAAGGAAACAUCCAUCCAGCUCGACGUUCACCAUCCGCCCACCGUCACCCUCUCCAUCCAACCCCAGACGGUGCGGGAAGAGGAGCGGGUUGUAUUCACCUGCAUGGCCACCGCCAACCCUGAGAUCAAGGGCUACAGGUGGGCCAAGGGUGGGCUGCUGAUCGAGGAUGCCACGGACAGCCGGUAUGAGACACAGGUGGACUACACCUUCUUCACGGAGCCCGUCUCGUGUGAGGUGCACAACAACGUGGGCAGCACCAACGUCAGCACCUUGGUGGACGUGCACUUCGCCCCCCGCAUCGUGGUGGAGCCCAAGCCCACGACCACCGACCUGGGCUCGGACGUGACGCUGACCUGCGUGUGGGCUGGCAACCCCCCGCUUACCCUCACCUGGACCAAGAAGGGCUCCAACAUGGUGCUGAGCAACAGCAACCAGCUGUACCUGAAGGCGGUGACGCAGGACGAGGCGGGGCAGUACAUCUGCAAGGCCAUCGUGCCCCGCAUCGGUGUGGGCGAGCGCGAGGUCACCCUCUACGUCAACGGACCCCCCAUCAUCUCCAGCGAGGCUGUACAGUAUGCAGUGCGUGGCGACCGCGGCAAGGUGGAGUGCUUCAUCGGCAGCACGCCACCCCCCGACCGCAUCGCCUGGGCAUGGAAGGAGAACAUCCUGGAGACGGGCACACUGGAGCGGUACACAGUGGAGCGCAGCACCACGGGCACCGGGGUCCUGUCCACCCUCACCAUCAACAACGUGAUGGAGGCCGACUUCCAGACCAGCUACAACUGCACCGCCUGGAACGGCUUCGGACCCGACACCGCCAUCAUCCGCCUCGAGGAGCGGGAAGUGCUGCCCGUGGGAAUCAUCGCUGGAGCCACCAUCGGGGCCGGCAUCCUCGUCAUCAUCUUCCUCGUCGCCCUUGUCUGCUUUCUCUACCGGCGCCGCAAAGGGAGCCGCAAGGACGUGACGCUGCGCAAGCUGGACAUCAAGGUGGAGACGGUGAAUCGGGAGCCGCUAACCCUGCACCCGGACCGCGAGGAGGACACGGCUAGCGUGUCCACUGCCACCCGUGUCAUGAAGGCCAUCUACUCGUCGUUCAAGGACGACGUGGACCUGAAGCAGGACCUGCGCUGCGACACCAUCGACACGCGGGAGGAGUACGAGCUUAAGGACCCAACCAACGGCUACUACAAUGUGCGCGCCCACGAGGAUCGGCCAGCCUCGCGCUCAGUGCUGUACGCUGACUACCGUGCGCCAGGGCCCGCCCGCUAUGACACCCGUCCAGCCUCACGGCUCUCGCACUCCAGCGGCUAUGCCCAGCUCAACACCUACGCGCGGGGGCCAGGCUCUGAGUACAGCGCCGAGCCCACCCCGGGGCCUGCGCCUGGCCCCGCCACGGGUGACACGGCCAGCCAGCUGUCCUACGAGAACUACGGCGGGGGGGGGGGGCGGCCUCCUGCACAGCGGAAGCGCAAGGCGCUGGGUGAGAGCGGGCGGCGGAUGCUCCAGAACUGCUCAGCCGGGCGGUUCCCGGAGCGGGCGGCCCCCUCCCUCCCCGCCGCGCCGGAGGGAUGA